ACGGUGCAUCGGGAGAGUCACUCGCUGAUAUCGGCUUCAAUCUCCGGACGACGCUACUGCACGCUCGUUUUUCCUUCUUUGUUUUCUUAUUUUUCGCCUCAAGCAGAAGGGAGAUUACCACAGAAUGACCGGCCCGUCGAUCCAGGACCGCACGGUCGAAUUCCACGCCAUUUUGGGCCAGGCCCAGAAGCGCCUCGCCACAUCGAAAGUCGGAUCACAACGUCAGGCAUUGUUGUCCGAUAGCCAGCGGAGGGAGGCGAAUGUGCCAGCGCCAGGAGACAGAAAGGCCGCUCGGUCGGAAUUUGCCAAACGGGCGGCGGAAAUCGGACGCGGGAUCACCACCACAACUGCAAAAUUACAGCGACUGGCAGAGUUGGCGAAGCGCAAAACCCUCUUUGACGACCGACCAGUGGAGAUCUCCGAGCUGACCUACGUGAUCAAACAAGAUCUGGCAUCGUUGAACACGCAGAUCGCCUCGCUGCAGGCUCUGACCCUCUCACAGCACCCGAAGUCGAAUCGGUCGAAGACGGAUCAGGAGGGAGAACACAAUGAUAACGUAUGUUCGGGACUUGUCUUUUCUCUGUCGUUAUUUGGGUGUACUGACAUUAUACUUCAGGUGGUGGUAAUGUUACAAGGCAAGCUGGCCGAUGUGGGCGCCAACUUUAAAGAAGUGCUCGAGGUGCGAACGAAGAACAUCCAGGCGUCGCGGACGCGGACAGAGAACUUUGUAUCGUCGGUGUCGUCGAAAUCGCAGGCUGCGCUCGACCCGCAACGAUCGGAUUCGCCGCUGUACAACACCUCCGGACGGCGGACGCCGCAACCGGGAUUCCAUGGCAGCGCAUCAGAUGUGCUGAGCCUGGAGCCGUCGAACCCAUCGCCACUGGGCCGCCCAGCGAUCCACUCGGACCAGCAGCUGUUGGUAAUGGAGGAGGCGCAGUCGGGCAACACAUACAUCCAGGCGCGUGGGGAGGCAAUCGAGGCCAUUGAGCGCACGAUCAACGAGUUGGGCGGUAUCUUCGGCCAGCUGGCGCAGAUGGUCAGCGAGCAGUCGGAGAUGAUCCAGCGCAUCGACGCCAACACCGAGGACAUCGUCGACAACGUCGAGGGCGCGCAGCGCGAACUGCUCAAAUACUGGAGCCGGGUCUCGGGGAACCGGUGGCUGAUUGCGAAGAUGUUUGGAGUUUUGAUGAUUUUCUUCCUUCUUUGGGUGUUGAUAUCUGGAUAAUGACGCCUUGGAUCCGUUUCUGAUGUACCAUAUUUAAUCACUGCGGCGACGCAGUCCCCCAUACUUUUUUUUCUUCUCAUUCUUUUCCCUUUUUUCUUCUUUGCCUCUGUCUUUUUCUUGUCUUAUGAGUCACUACACUACGCUUGCUGAGUACAUAGCAUGCAUGAUAGAAUAUGACUGUCAGGCGAUCAGCUUUACGAACCUGGACCUUAUCUAGGCAGAAGAA